AGAGCUCCCAGCCUUUGCCCGUCCACCACCCCCCGAUCCCCCCCUUCCUGGCAGCCUUCCUCCCCUUCUCUCUUUCUUUUCUACUCAGGUCUUCCCCAUCUACCUGCCAUCAAAAUCUGCCCUCCUGCACCCUCAGAUAUCCCUCCUGUCACCAAUUGACGCUUUUGCAAAGCCACAUCCCACAAUGUCAGGUCGCAAGAGAAAGCAGGAUGAGGAGGACGAGCUCGUUUCCCUGCCCAGCGGCGAAGAGGAGGAAGAGGAAUAUGUAGAAGAUGAGGAGGAGGAUGAAGAGGAGAUCGAUGAUGAAGAGGACGAGGACUUCGACGAGGAGGGUGAGGGUGAAGAAGGCGAGGACGAAGAGGGCAAUGGCGUCCCAGAACCCCCAGACCAAGCUCCUCCCAAGAAGAAGCUAAAGACGGCACCGGCCGCCGAGGGCGAAGUGCCUCGCAAGAACGGCACCGCCGCGAACGGUGACGGAGAGGAGGAGGAGGCUGAAGACGAGGAGGAAGAAGAGUUUGACGAGGAGGAAGAAGGUGAAGGCGAGGAGGAAGAAGGCGAAGGCGAGGAGGAGGAGGAAGAAGAGGAAGAGGAGGAGGGCGGCGAGGAGGAAGAGGAAGCACCCGCAAAGGGCGUUGGCAAGGUCGCCGGUGGCCCCAAGGCCGCCAAGGCCCAGUCCCAGGCGGUUGCUGCCGGCGGUGACGAGGAGGACUGAUGGACGCGCCGCAGCCUCCGGCGCCGCGUCCCUCCCCCACCUGCCGCUUCACCUUGCCCCAGGCGCUCGCUCCAUCAGGUUGAACUGUAACUUCUCGUCGUGUCUUGCCUCCUUCAAUGCUAGAAUGGCUGGUCCCGUCUCUGGUGCGUUUCGAAAUGCAUCGAGCCGGGUUU